GUUCAUGUUAUUAAGGUCGCAUGUGCAUCCUGUAACUCAACACACCCUUGAGAUUGCCUCCUUUCGUCUGACUCCUUGCGAGGGAGAGUAAACUUCACUAAAUUCACUACAGUUUAUGAAAAGUGUAUACAAUAUAGGACAACGCUAGACCUACAGACUGCUAUGUUCGCAUCCUAAACUUGGGCUGCCUGUCUACAUUUAGAGCUCCGCUUGAGAAGUAUGAAGUAGAUGCAUCGCCGUGGGUAUGCUGUGUUAGAUGUGGCUGUCGAAUGGAAUGGAAUAUCAGUCGUUAUUUGCACAAGGUUAGACCGGCGACUCCACACCUUGUCAAGUACAAUAGUGGAAUCAAAACCACGACACUUGAAUCAAUGUUAGAUCUUUAGAUCUAAAUCGACUAUCCAACUUCCAGAUGCUUUUUAGACGGAAGCAAUAAUCGAUUCUUAAAUAUAAAAGAAUAAGAGGCCAACGACUUUUCAAUCUGACUAAAAGAUGAUGCGAUGUAAUACAUGGAGAGUGUUAGGGGUGAUGCUUUUCAUAGCAGUCACCGGUUUAUUUGUGAUUCAACUAAUACAUGUAUAUACAAUAAAGCCUUAUUCUCUUUGUCACACCGGAACAAAUACCAAUAACACCGGAAAAAUUUUGCAAAGGCUGUUUCUGUGUCACAGAUUUCAUGGAGGCCUGGGUAAUCUUCUCUACAAGUUUGCAUCUGCUUAUGCGAUUGCGCGGGAAAACAAUAUGAAGUUGGUCAGUGUCAAGGAUGAAGGUAUAGCUGCAGCUUUGGAGUAUCCCCCUGAGAUCCUCCAAGACAACGGAUACUGUGCCCGCCUUCCCGUAUUAAAGGAGGACAAAUGUUGUUCUUACGAUCCAAAAUUCCUUAAUAUUAGCAGAAGUGUGAAUGUGGAUGGAUACUUGCAAUCGUGGAUCUACUUCCAAAAAUACAGCGAUGAUCUGAGACAGCUUAUCGUCUUCAAAGAGGCGCUGGUGGAACAAGCCAAGAAACUUUUGGAUAAAGAAUUAGAUCGAAGAUACGAUCAAACUUCCAAAAGCUUUCGAACUUUGGUCGGGAUGCAUAUUCGUAGAGGUAACAAACUUGAAGCUUAUUAUGUAAAAUAUGGAUACAAAGUUGCGCCAGCUCAUUAUAUAGUUCGUGCAAUGAAAUACUUCAAUGAUAGAUUUCAGAAUUUGACAUUCGUGGUUGUGACUGAGGAUCAGAAAUGGGCAAUGGAGAACAUCCCAGAAAACAAUGACGUUAUUUUUAUGAAGAAAAAUCACGCUGUUGUGGACAUGAUCAUUUUGACGUUAAUGGAUCAUACCAUUAUGACUGUGGGUACAUUUGGGUGGUGGGCCGCUUGGUUAACAAAUGGAACAACUGUGUACUAUAAAGACUUUGUGGAACCUAACACGAAAUUUGGUAAACAACACGGAUUAGACCACAGUGAUCACAUUUUACCGGGAUGGAUUCCCUUAUAAUAUGCCCUUUUGUAUACGACCACACAACAUUCGAUUCGGACGUAUAUUGCCGCUGCAUUCGUGUUUCGUCCGUCGGUCCAUCCAUGUUAAGUUUCAAUUCAAUUCUUUCUCAUUAGAUUGCUGCUGAAAUUUGCAAUAUAUCCCCGAUUCUUGCCCCCCCCCCCUUGGGUAAUUCACGUAGGUAACUAUAACAAGUGUCAUCUAUACUUUUUUUGGAUAUAAUAUCUAAACCUUAUAAGGCAAAUUCAUGGUGGGUCAUGGAAAUAACUGAACAUCCUUUCCUAAAAGAUUGCGAGAAAACAACCAAAUACGUUUUGAUCUUUAAUCAUUUAUUUUCCAAUAGGAAGCAAAAGUUAAAUUGGUGUCCUAUAUAAUGAGGGGUCACGGUGGCUAAGUGGGUAAGAGGUGGCGGGUUCACUCCCGGUGUUGACCGAGAAAGUUCAUCGCGAUUUUCCGGCGUGGUUUCCUCUUGUCAGUGGUGCAGAAUGGAGGGCCUGACAGGGACAGUUAUCUAGUCGUUCGGAUGGUACCAAAAACCGAGAUCCCGUGUACAUAUUGGCGUGCACGUAAAAGAUCCUUUGACAGUUGGAAUUUGAUAUAACAGUAGGCCUUUGUGCGGCUGUCGGGGCAAAAGUUUCCUCAUAGCACAUUGUAUGUCGUUUGCCUGUCUUCAUUAGCUCAGUCGACACAGAACAGUAGUACGGUUAAACCCCAUUUCAUUUUCAUUUUCAUUUUCAUUUCAUUUCAUUUUUCAUUUCAUUUUCAUUUCAUUUUCAUUUUCUUUAUAAUGAAAAUUUAGUUUACUAUGACGUAGUUCACAGCGGAUUAUAUAAGGGACAUAACUAUUUCAUUCAUAGUGUUGCAAUAUUACGACAAAUCUAUGAGGUCUAAUGUUGAGAACGGAUGGCCGAACAAUCAAAGCCUCGGAUUCACAAGUUGCUUCUUUCCCGUGAGUACUUGCUAGGUGUAGGUCACAUACCUGGUUAUUUGUAAUAGAUUACAUACAUGCUAAACAUUCUACUUGGUGCCUACUUGGGCUAAGGUGUGCGGGACUGGUAGGGAAUGUGUGCCUUGGAUUUGGAAGAAAAAGUAUACGGGAAAGAGCUUUGAUUACGACGUGGAACCAUAGUGUCUCAGUAAGAUUCGGCUCCAGUGUUGGCCGAGCAAGUUCCAGUCUGGUGUUCCCGUCUUAGCAGUGGCGCAAGGCGGAGGACUUGGCAAGAAACAUCGUCCAGUUCUGCGGAUGAGGCAAAAAACUGAGGUCCCAUGUACAGAUCGGUAUGCUAAUAGAAAAAUAACCCUUGGCAGUUAGCAUUGGUGUAAAUGCCACUGUCCCCAUAGUCCGUCUUAAUAGGACUUUAAAUAAACCUCAAUUCAUUUCGUUACAAUUAUUAUUCGUACCUUCGGUAUCGACUUAAAACUCGGGAUAGACCUGCCGCAAUCUUCACGGGACCUUUCCUUCUUCAUAGAAAACUACAUCUUAAAUGCUAAUCUUAUUUUUCAAUAAGGACAUGUACAUGUGUAUUUCAGUUACCCACUUCAAAUCAUCUCUAUAAAUUAAUAUCUGUGUUUCUUUUAUCAUGAUAUGUCUCUCAUUGUUGUAUGUAGAUUUUGUUUAAAUAAAUAUAUGAAACUCCUAA